GCAUUAGUAAAUAGAAAUAGUAAAACGGAAAAUGUACAAAAACCGAAAGAUUCAAGAAUGUUGUGUAUUUCCAAUACAAAUGCGAUAAAGAAUGCAAAAAUAACAUCUGAGAGAAUUGAGGCUCAAAAGAAUGAAGACCAUCUACAAAUACUGGAAAAUGAGCAGGAAGAAAAGGAAUAG